GAUACAAAUAGGAUUUAAACAGCAAAUUCGUCGUUGAUGUUGGUACGGUAUUUGACUUCAUAAAAUGAAUAUGUAUAUCAUUCAUUUGUAUUUUAUGGAUUAUUAUUAUUAUUAUCGUCAUCAUCAUAAAUUUCAUAAAUGAACAUUAUCCAUAUUAUUAUAAUACAAAUUCAAUCAUUUAAAUUUGGAAAUUAUGCUUGCUAAUGGUGAAUAUGUAGAUGGUUCAUGGUUAUUAUCAAUCUAUAUACAUGAUUUAAAUAUUCAACGUGAUAUACGUGUACAUGGUGAAUGGUCUAUUAAUGAAUUAAUUACACAAUUAAUUGAUGGUUUAAUAUGUCCCCAAAGGAAAUUAUUACAAUCCAAUGAAAUAAGUUUACAUUCUAAUCAUAUUAAAAUGAAUUGGGAAGAUUAUGGUUUAUGGUGGCCAAUAAAAUCCAAAUGGUUAUUAAAAACUAAAUUAAGUUUAAAUCAAUAUGGUUUACAAGCAGAUGCUAAAUUACAUUUUUUAUCCAUAUAUGGACAAUUAAAUAUACAAUUACCCGAUUUACAAAUACGUAAAUUUAUUGAUAUUAAUUUUGCUGAACCAGUUUAUCGUGUUACAUUAUCUAUAUGUCAUUAUUUAAAUAUAAGACAUUCAGAAGAAUUAUCAUUAGGUUAUCCUAUUCAACAGAAUGAUUUAAAACAUUCACGUUUUAUACCAAAUUCUAUACAUAAACAUGAUCAGACAUUAUUGAAUACAAAGAAAUAUUCAACAUUUCAACGUAGUGCUACUAUAAAUACAACACAUUCACAAUAUAAACCAUUACAUAAAGAAUCAUUAUUUCAAAUGAAUAAUGAAAUGAAUAUAAAUCAUUCUCAACAACAAGAUGAUGAAGGAUCUAUGAAAAGUUCUAUAUUAUCAAAACAUUCAAUUCAAUUAUAUGGUCCACCAAUAAUACGUGAUAAACGUCAUCAUUAUUAUUCUAUAAGACAUAAUUCAAGAAAUUCGAAUCAUCAAACAACCUUAUCAUCAAUUCCAUUUAAUUUACGUAUUGUAGAUGAUCCAUCAUUAAUUUAUAGUCCGAUUAUUCAUAUAGAUGAGGCUAUACAAAAUCAUUUAAUUGUAAGACCAAAUAAUUAUAUACAACGUAUACGAUUAAAUACAAUAUGGUUAGAUUCAUCUAAAUCAUUAUUAGAACAAGGUAUAACUAUGUUAGGAUAUAAUCAUUCCUCUUCUAUUUCUUCAUCUUCUAUGAAUCAACCUAAUUCAUUAGGACAAGUACAUAAUGAUGAAUAUACAAAGUUAUCAAAUAGUGACAAAGAUAAUAAUACAAUACCAACAUUAAUUCUACGUUAUAAAUAUGGUAUCUAUUAUGAUUUAAAUAUAAAAUAUGAUUUAAUACGUAUUAAUCAAUUAUAUGAACAAGCUAAAUGGUCUAUUCUAUCAGAAAUUUAUGAUGUAACAGAUGAAGAAGCAUGUUUAUUUGCUGCAUUACAAUGUCAAGUUGAAUUAGCUACUGAACAAGAAACAUUAAUGAAUGAUGAAAAUUUAUUGAAUAAUGAUAAUGAUAAUGAAGAACAUAAAGGAAUAAAUGAUACCAUAGAUACAAAUGAUAAACAACAAUUAGUUAAUUGUUCACUUGAUAAAAGUAUCAUUGAUAAUUGUAAUAAAAAUAUAAAAAAAAUGAAAUCUACAUUGAUGAAACAUAAUCGUGAUAUUUCACCAUUAGGUGGGUAUUUACAUACAACAGGUUAUUAUUCUAUGAAAUCAUCCACAACAACAACAACAACAACAUCACCUUCAAGACCAUUAAGUACUAUUGAAUUAGAUCAUGAAAUUGAUAUUAUGCUUGAUGAAUUAUCCAUUGAUUGUUUACAAAAUAAAGAUUCUAAUCGAUUAUCUAAUGAUAUUCAACAUUCUAAACUUAAAGAACAUUCAAUACGUCCAUUAAGUUUAUUGAAUACUUCAAAUCAUAAUGAAGAUGAUAUAGAUAGUUUAAUGAAUCAUGAACAAUAUGAUAAUGAUAAUCAAUAUAAUUUACCUGAAUUGAAUACUUAUGUCAAAAUAUGUAAACCAAGAAAAUUUGGAUUAAAAGUAUUUCAUCGUUAUUAUAUAUCUAUUAAAGGAAUUGAAUUAUAUGUUUAUAAGAACAAAGAUGAUUAUUUAUCAAAUAGUGAUACAGUUGAAGUAAUCUAUUUACCAGGAUGUGAAAUACAAUCAGAUUUAUGUAUUACUAAUGAAAAAUUUAAUAUACGUUUAUUUGUUCCAAUAACACGUACUAAUUUACCAUUAUCAUCUGCAUUUGCUUCAUAUCAAUCAAAUAAGAUACAAACAAAUGAUGAAGAUCCAACUAUAAGUAGUAAAUUAAAACGUAGAGCAUCAUUAUUAUCAUUAACUUCAUUAUCCCAUUUAAGUAAUGCUCUUGGUAUAUCAUCAUCAUCCUCAUCAUCAUCAUCACAUCAUCAUACACAGAAUGGACUGAUUAAUAUAAGUGGUAUUGGUGCAUUAACUGGUUCAUCUGCUACUAUGACUGGUCUUAUCAAUGAAUUAUGGUUAAGAUUUUUUAAUUUAAAUGAUUACAUAGAUUGGUUAACAAUAUUACGUAUGACAACAGCUAUACAAUCAACAAUCAUACUACAUUCUUAUACAAAUAUCUCUAAUACAUCAUCGAAGAAAUCAUCUAAGAAACAACAGACUAUUCUUACUUCUUUAUUAAAUCGUUCCACAUUCAAUAUAGAACAUAAAGCAAUUACAAAUCUCAUCAAUUUAUUAUCACCAAAUUGUUUAAAUGUUAAACAAACAAAUAAUGAAAUGAUCAAUUUAACUAGAUUAUAUAAUCAUUUAGAGAAACGUUUCAUUGAUCUAUUACCAUUAAGAUUAGGUUAUUUAAAAGUAUCACAAAGAACAUGGGAUUAUAGACGAGAUCAUUAUUAUAAUCAUAAUGAUAGUUUAUUAAAACGUUCAAAUACUUUAACAAAUCAAGAUAAACCUCCAAUUCAUUCACAAACUAUACAAACACGAACAAAUUUUAUUCAACGUAUUACAUCUAUAUAUAGUCAAAUUAAUAAUUUAACUAGUUUACAAUGUAAAUUAAAAUAUAUUAAUGUAUGGGAACAAUUACAUUUACAUGGUAUUGCAUUUUUUACUGGACGUAUUGAAGUCAUUGUACCAUUGAAUUCAAUCAUUCAUAAUGAUAAUAAUCCAUUAUAUAAUGAUAAUAAUAAUCAAAUCAAUUGGUUAUCUAAUAUCAAUCAAUCAAUCAUUCAUCAUAAUCAUUAUGUAACUAUAUCAAUAAGUCGUAAAAUAGAAUCAAUCGGUAUUGGUUCUAAACGAAUUUAUCGUUGUGAUUUAACAAAUGGUGAUAUUAUAGCAAGUUGGAAAAUGUCAUCAAUACAAAGUUGGCAUAUUAAUUGGGAAUUAAAUGAACUUAUAUUAAAUUUAAUGAAUCAAACAAAAAUUCAAUCAAACAUUAAGAAUACUACUACUUAUAAUAUUAAUAAUAGUAGUAAUAGUAGUAAUAGUAAAAUAGAUUAUCAAUCUAUUAGUAAAUUUAAUGAAUUUACUGGACGAGUUAUUAUAAGACCAAUAGAUGUAUCUGUAAGAAUGAUAGCUGAAUUUUUAGGCGGUUAUACAUUUUUAAAUUUAAGAUCACCAGAGAAAAAUCAAUAUCUUGCUGAAGAUAUUUUUUAUAAAUUAACUACUGGUAUAUCACAACCAUCAAUUUAAUCAAAUGUAAUGGAUGAUUACAUGAACUUGAACGAUGAUGAUGAUGAUGAUGAUGAUGAUUAAAUCAAACCUUUGAAUGCUGACGUCUUUCAAUGAUCGAUUAUUUUAUUGAAUAUUUGUUUGUUUGUUUGUUGGAAUUGCAUGCCGUAAAACUUAUCUUGUCUAUUUGUAUCUCUCCCACUUAUUGACAUAUAUAUAUCUAUAUGUGUGUAUACAUCCAUAUAACUCUUGGUCAAUGGUUCAGUUUAUAUACAUACAAUAUACAUACUAUAUAGAUAGAAGUAUACAUACAUGGAUACUACAUGCAUACAUCUUCCCGUAUAUAUUUU